CAGAACCUUUCCAAGUUACUGUCCGAGAAGACAAUUGUAUCAUUGUCUCCCUGGAAGCAUCUGAUGUGGUGAGCUCAUCCUCUGUAUAUGUUGUGAAGAUAGCUGGAGAAUCCAAGAACUACUUUUUCCAGUUCGAAGAAUUCAAUAGCACUUUACCUGCCCCUGUGGUUUUUAAUGCCAAAUACCAUGGCCUAUAUUACAUAGUAACUCUGUUGGUAGUGAACUCAAAUAUGGUUUCCAAGUCAGCAAGAUCAAUCACUGUGUUAACCAAACCCCUUCCUGUGAGCAGUGUUUCUAUCUAUGAUUAUAAACCAUCUCCAGAAACAGGAGUAUUGUUUGAAAUUCAGUACCCAGAGAAGUACAAUGUUUUUACCAGGGUAAAUAUAAGCUAUUGGGAAGGAAAAGACUACCGAACAAUGCUGUACAAAGAUUUCUUUAAAGGUAAAACAGUUUUUAAUCACUGGCUGCCAGGUAUAUGCUACAGUAACAUCACAUUUCAGUUGGUAUCGGAGGCAACCUUCAACAAAAGCACACUAGUGGAAUACAGUGGGGUCCAGCAUGAGCCCAAACAACACAGAACAGUUCCUUACCCACCUAGAAACAUUUCUGUUCAGAUUGUACCAAUCAACAGAAACAAUUGGGAAGAGCACAGCGGGAAUUUCGCAGAAGAAUCAUUCAUGGCACCACAAGAAAUCAUAAGGAAAAAAAAACUUAGCCAUUUUCCUGACAAUACACCUGAAAUUCCAGCAGCGAACACAUCUGCAGCUUGGCCAGAGUACCGCUAUAACAGCACUGAGUAUGAAACCACAUCACAGCCAUACUGGUGGUCUAACGAAGCAGAGUCAUCAGAGGGUGAAGAGGAGUUUGUCAAUGCAGUUUCCAGUGAUUACGAGGCCAAUGACGUCAAUACAUCUGGAAAGUUCACACCAGAGCCCCCUUCCUUCCUUCCUGUCCAAAUGGUGCUGACCUGGUUACCACCAAAGCCACCUACUGCGUUUGAUGGUUUCCAUAUCAAUAUUGAAAGGGAAGAGAACUCCACGGAAUUUUUGACAGUAAGUGAGGACAUUCACAAAUUUGUAGCUGAACUGAAAGAACCAGGAAAAUAUAAGUUGUCUGUAACAACAUUUAGCUCGUCUGGCUCUUGUGAAGUUCGGGGAAGUCAACCAGCAAAGACUCUUAGCUUUUACAUCAGCCCAACAGGUGAAUGGAUAGAAGAGCUCACUGAAAAGCCCCAGCAUGUGACUGUGACAGUCCUAAGCUCCACUACUGCCCUGACGUCCUGGACAGCGUCACAAGAGAGCGGCAGCAAUAGCACCAUCGUGUCUGUGGUGUCCCUGACCUGUCAGAAGCAAAAGGAAAGUCAAAGACUUGAAAAAAACUACUGCACUGAGGUGAAUUCAAGCAGCAGCCUCAUUGAAAAUCUCGUUCCUGGUGCCCAGUACCAAGUUGUGGUUUACUUACGGAAAGGACCGUUGGUUGGACCGCCUUCUGAUCCUGUUACAUUUUCCAUUGUGCCCACUGGAAUAAAGGAUCUGACACUUUACCCUUUGGGACCUACUGCUGUGGUUUUGAGUUGGAACAGACCUUUCCUUGGGGUGUUCAGGAAAUAUGUUGUAGAAAUGUUUUACUUCAACCCAUCAACAAUGACCUCUGAGUGGACAACCUACUAUGAAAUAGCAGCAACUGUCUCCUUAACUGCCUCUGUGAGAAUAGCCAACCUACUGCCUGCUUGGUAUUACAAUUUCCGGGUCACCAUGGUGACUUGGGGGGACCCAGAGCUGAGCUGCUGUGACAGCUCCACCAUCAGCUUCGUAACAG